CAGAUCAAAAGUCUCUUUUUGACACUAAAUUUCGGGCUGAGUGCCCAGCAGUCAUGAUUUUCUGCACCACACCGAGGUUUUCGAAUCUUUAAACGCUUAAACCGCGAACAUGCUGGUCAACUACACAUUCCGAUCCUCCCUUGGCGCUCUCUGUCGCCAAGCUCGCUAUUGCAGGCUGUAUACAACGGGUACCCCGGUCAACGCCGAACCUAUUACGACCGACGAUUCCAUCCAUCGUCUCGAUUUGCGUAUUGGCAAGAUUGUUCAAAUCGAUCAUCAUCCCAAUGCCGAACAUUUAUACGUAGAACGAGUGGACGUAGCCGAGUCGGAACCGAGAACCAUUGUCAGUGGAUUAGCCAAGUAUAUACCCAAGGAUUCGCUUAUUAAUAAACAUGUUGUCGUGGUGUGUAACAUGAAGUCCAGUCGUUUCCGUGGCAUUCUGUCACAGGGCAUGUUGCUCGCUGCUAGCCACAACGACCAGGUGGCGUUAUUAGAACCAACGGGCGUCACCCUUCUUGGCGAACGCGUUCAAGUCAAAGGUGUGACCAUGGGCACACCCGAUACCGUCUUAAAACCGAAACAAAAAGUGAUAGAACAAGUGAUGCCACAUCUGCAAGUCAAAUCAGGCAUUGCUACGUAUAAAAAUAAAGCCCUCGUCACUGGCGAGAAUCAUCCCGUCACAUGCGAUAUUGAUGGUCAAGUUUCUUGAUCAUCUACAGCAUCGCGUUAUUACAAUAGACCCAAUAAAAGUCGGCGUAUCAUUUUUUUGAAAGCUUAAAAUACUGAAGAACAAAGCCCAUGCCUUGGCGGUGUGCGGUGGCGGAUCCCGCAAUGCGGUGACAACAGUUUUUUUGUAAGUAAAAACAAAAGAAGAGUAAGUGUGGCCUGUCUAAUGCAUCCAUCUUUUUUUUUUUGUAUGUCUUUGUCCUUUGGUUUUCUCCCUUAUUUGAUUACUUAAAACAACAUUACCUUG